UUUUUUCUCUUUAUCACGCCGGUUCACCAUCACAUUUUCCAUUAAAUCCCCUCAAUCUUAAUUUUGAGCAAAUUAAUGAAAUCAUAUCUCUUGUUUAACCUAAAUUCAUCGUUCGUUUAGACCAAUUCUUGUUCGAAUUGGGUUCCUACUGAUAUUUACAUGAGUUAUUGGGGAUUGUUCUUUCUUCUUGCAUCAAUUUGCAAUCCUUAAACCUUUUCCACGCCUUUGUUCAUCACUUCCAGAAAAAAAAAAACCCAUUUCAAUAACUGCUGACCAAUCUAGAAAUUGAAUUCACUGGCCGAAACCCGAAAAUCAUCCAAGAAAAAAUGCGAGCAUCGCUACGCUUAGUGUUCUCCAUAAACCAAUCAACCAAAUGUCCCCACUUUCGUAAGAACCCAAAUGGUUUAUCAUCUUUGCAGCCCUUUUCUUCGAGCUCCACAAGCAAUGACGGCAACAAUCCAAAUGAUUGGGGAAGCAGUUUCGGCGGUGGCGGCGGCGGCGGAGGAGAUGAUAACUUAGGAUGGGACACCCCUGAUUCCUCGUGGUCCACUGGGCUAACGAAAGAGCACUUUGACGGCGAGGUUGUUGGCCAGCAGGUCACGCCAGGGCAGGCUCCGAAUGCAACCCGGCCGGAAUAUGGUGUUGGAGGACGUGGCGGCAGUGUCCAUAUGGGUCGUGCAAGGUGGACUGAUGAGGAAGCAAUGAAGAUUAAGGAGUUGGAGGCUGCUAAUAGGAAAGGGAAAGUCUUUGUGGACAGUUGGGAUGAUAGGAUGAGCGAAAUGAGUGUGCUGAUGAAACAAGUGAGGGAACCUGGGGCGCGCGGAUCAUACUUAAAGGAUUCGGAGAAAGCCGAGAUGUAUAAGAAGCAUAAGGAGGAUCCUGAGGUGUAUACUGUGGAGAAAUUGGCAAAAGAGUACAGGAUAAUGAGGCAGAGAGUACAUGCUAUUCUAUGGUUGAAGGAAUUAGAAGAAGAGGAAGAGAAGAAGUUGGGCCGUAAGUUAGAUGAUUCAGUGGAGCUAUUGCUUGACACUUUCCCUGAAUUCUUUAAUUCUCACGACAGGGAGUUCCAUGUUGCAUCCCUUCCUUACAAACCGGACUUCAAAGUUAUGCCUGAAGGCUGGGAUGGCACAACUAGGGACCCCGAUGAAGUGCAUUAUGAGAUAUCAAUGAAGGAAGAUGAGAUGUUAUAUCAAGAGUUUGUCCAAAGAAUGAACUUUAACAAGAUGAAGAUGAAUAAGGAGGUGAAAUGUCACAAAUAUAGCCGUAGGCGCCCAUCUGAGGGUUGGAACAUGACAGUUGAGAAAUUAGGAGCCCGAGGAAAGCGUGGAGAUGGUGGUGGCUGGAAAUUUGUAAGCAAGCCAGAUGGUUCCACUCGACCCCUGAAUGAGUAUGAAAAGAUGUUUGUUAAGAGAGAGACUCCUCGCCGACGCCGAAAAAUUCUUCCUUGACAUGAAUGAAUGAGUAUGAAAGAUGUUUGUUAAGAGAGAGACUCCUCGCCGACGCUGAAAAAUUCUUCCUUGACAUGAAUCAAUGCCAUGAUGUUUCUUUCUGUAUCAAUUUUGUGGGGUUGAGCCAUCAUCAAGUUUCUCGUAGUUCUUUCCUUUUUCUUUUUUUUUUUUUGUUUUUUUUUUCUUGAGAUUUUGUACCGUCAGGUGGAUAUGUCUAUGCUUAUCGGUCACCUCACCAGUGUUGAUUGAAGACUGUUCACAUAUCCUUCUAUAACUGACGAAUGUUU